CACAGGGAGAGCGCAGACUGGGAGGUAGCCUGUGUGUAUAUGUGUGUGUUUGUCAAGCCAGCCAAAUCAUUCGGGAUAGGUGGAUGUAUAGAAACAGCGUUGCCUUAUCCAGGAGUCUUUCGAGAAGGAAAAAGAAAAACAACACCUGAAAUCAAGAGGAAGGAAUGCACAUUGUUCCAGAGAGCAAGCAGAUUUUUCAAUAUUACACACACAUGAACACCCCUGCUAUAGUGAAAAACCUGUAUUUGCAGCAGAUUGGAACAAGUUUUCUCAUCCUCUGGCUUUCCUACACUUCCUUUCCUUUCACCUGCCCCACACCCCCAGGGAUUGUAAAAAUAGGGAAAUUGAUUUAUGUAAAUAUAGUGACUAAUAUGAAAAAAUGGCCAAGCUUCUUCCGUUUUAAUAAUGGAAAAACCAAAGUAGCUUAAUCAGAUGCCAGAUACAGAUAAAUCCAAACCAUAAACGGAAAAGUCUAAACAACUCAUAAGUUUAGUUUCCACUUUGUCACAGUGUGCUCUGUAUGAAAAUAUAGUGUAUGAAAACUUAAAUUUGCAGAAUAAGUAACAUGGAAGUGCUGAAUUCAAGUCUGUCUUCUCAGACCUCCUUUGGUGGUCCAGUAUUGUCCCAUGGACUUUCCUGUGGCUUCAUGGAUUCGGCAAAUAAUGUAAAUAUUGGACACGAAUCUUGGACAACUGUACGUAAGAUCCAAGAUGAUAGCUCAGACCUCAGAGACAAAGAAAGUGCUAUCAAAAACUCAGAUGAAAACAAGUUCAGUCAAGAUAGUGAGGUUGUAACAGCCCAUUGGACAAUGGUUGAAGAAGAACCCGGGGAGUCAACACAUGGGAUUUUUGGUUUAACCAAUAAUGAUGAAAAUACAAAUGCAGAAGGCACAACGUCAGCAAAAACAUCUUUGGAUUUGAUUCCAGUUCCUGCAAAGGCUGAAGAAAGUGAAAGGAAGUAUGUGUCAAGUGCCAAACUGACCUCAACCCUUCAUCAAUCAAGAAAGUCAUACAUAUCAAGGAGUGUAAGUCUCACAGAGAAAGAGCUAAAGGAAGCGCAAUAUAUCAAUGAUAACAAUGCUACCCAGGUGAGCCCCACCCAAGGUAGUUGCUCACGAGGGGCCCUGCUCUUUCAUCGGCGGCGGCAGAAACUGAAAGCCCUCGAACAACAGAGUCUUGCAAAGCAUGCUGAUACAUUGGGUAUCCAACAGACUCACAGUGUUCCAGAGACAAAGAGUACUCAACAUGAUCUGAAGAAAACUAAAACUCAACUUGGCUCUGGACAAUUAGCAUUUGCAAACAGCAUGGAAGAAACCUCUUCUGAUGCUGGGUAUGAGGAAAUAGAAAACACAUGGGGGGAAGAGCUAAGGGGUGUGGACUUCCCACCUGUAGAUAAAAGAGCCCAUUCUCCAAGUGCUUCAGAGGAUGAACAUCAAGGCCUUCUGAGUGCACAUCUAAAAGAAACAUUAGUAGUAUCAACCACUAAUGGUUUGCUUAAUCAGAUUUGUUUAGAGUCUGAGCCUGCUAUCAAACAUGAACCUAAGAUUACACAGAAUGGUAAACAGAACAAACAAUACUGUGAAGUCCAUCUCACUUUGUCGAAACCUAAAUCUGUGAGUAACAGAACAGCUAGGCCCUUUGGAAUUCAGCCAUCUGCAAAAAAGAACCCAUCUCCUUCAGAAAAUAAUCCUGUGAAAGACCUCCCUCCCCCUCCAACUUAUGCGGAAACAUUAUCAAGCCCUCCACCAGUGACCCGCAUUAUAUCACCCCCUGCCUAUUCUGUUUUAUAUCCAACAAAUGAAGAACAUAUUACUCCUGUGACACAAGUAGUUAAUCGCAGCGUAUCAUUAACACCACAGAGAAAAACAGGAAUUUUGGAGGAAAUGGGAACAUGUCGGGCAUCAAAGAAAUCUAUGUUCACAUUUAUUGAGAAGCCUAGAAUGACACCAAAUCCCGAUCUUUUGUCCAUGGUGCAAACUGCAGAUGAAAGGCGGAAAAACAAAGAUCAGGUUGAUGUACCAACUGACGAGGAACCUUUUGCUCUAGGUGCAGAAGCAUCCAAUUUCCAAAAUAAUAAAACAGUGAGAGGAACAGAAAGUACAGACAGAAAUGACAAUGUGCCUGACUGGUCAACUUCCCUGAAGUCUCCAGGUGUCAGAACAAAGCCACCACCUGCUCCGAUCCAAACUCUGACGGAGGCUAAAGGGAAAGGGGCAGAAUUAUUUGCCAGAAGGCAAUCCAGGAUGGAACGAUUUGUAGUUGAAUCUCCAUCAUAUGACUCUGUUAGGUCUCCUUCGCCAACUAUGUCACUGCCACCAUCUUGGAAGUAUGUCUCAAAUGCUCAUUCGUCACCCACUCAGUUUGGUCGCCAAGUCAAAAUCAACCAAAGAUCAUCUAGGCCUUCCUCUACUGCACCAAUGACACACACUGGUUCAGAAAAUGUUCAUUCACAGAAAGACCUGGAGAUUUCUAAAAGACAACCAUACCAACUUCAGUCAUCUCUGUUCAUCUUCUCUCCAACUAAGGAUCCUGUGAGCUCUCUUCCCAAAGCAGCCCCUCCCCCUAAGCCCAUGGUGAUGGAAUCUCAACACUUAAGAAGACAAUUGUCAUGUCCCUCUCCCACCAUAUGUUCUCCAACUUAUGUCCAUUCUAUGAGAUCACCUUCUUCUACAUUAUCUCCUUCACCUACAGGUUUUGGAAGACAGAUGCCAACCAGUCAUGUAUCACCGCUUUCACCAGUUCCUUUCACAAGUACUGGGGUGGCACCUUCAAGAACCAAAACUAUAAUACAAGCUCCACGGCCAACAUUCUCUGCUAGGAGUGCCGGCUUGGAAUCACAGACAUCUGAGGUUGUUCCUGCAUCACCAACCCAGAGGGCUCUACAGCACAGAGGAUCACUGGAUGGGUGGGGAAGCUCAGCUUUAUCAUUCUUGCCUGUUUACGAGGAAGAAUCAGGGAUACAGACUCCUCCCCAACCAUGUUCCAUGUCUCCUGCCUGGAGUGAUCGAUCACCCUCUCCAUUUAAAGUGGAGAAUGACCCAAAAGCUGGAAGGCAAAUUAAAGCUUUACUUGCUCGUAAUAUUAUUAAUGCAGCCAAACGCAAGAGCACCUCUCCAUGGGGUCUCACUAGUCCUCAAUCCACCAUCCCAAGUGGUGAAGUUUGGAACCAAAAUGUUGGCCAUAGAAACCCACUUCCUGAGACACCCAGAGCUAGACGGUCACCAACAGGUUCAGACAUUUCUAUGGAAUCAGAAGAUUCUGGAGCCAAGUCUCCAGGAUUCAGGAGUUAUUCAUUUUCUCCUAAGGGUUGGUAUGGAAGUCUGAGGCUCAAGAGAAAUAGCCUACCUACGAAUCAACCCUUUGCAUAUACCCCAUAGCCAAGUAUGUUUUUUUGGAGCCGAUUGUGGAAAUCAGAUCAGGAUCUGAAUUUGUAAUUGAGAAAAAAGAAAAGCAUUUAAUUUUAAAGGAUCAAUGCUAACUUCAUGAAGUAAGACUUAACAAACAUCUAAGAAACCAGAGAGACUAAAAAAUCUGACACUUUAAUCCAAUAAAAUAUAUACAUUUGAAUAUUUGUGGAUUUUUUAAAAACAUAAUAAAAUGUUCUGAUCAAAAAUACAGUAAAACUCUUUAGAAUUGUAGCUUUAAUUGCACCCAUAUAGUAAUAUUGAUAUUACAUUGUGGUUUUAAAAGACUGUUUAUUAAAAUGCUAAAUAUGGCAAGACCUGUACCUACCAUAAAUACGUACAUUUUCAAAAUAAGGCAAAAA